AAAAAUAAUAAAAUAAAAAUAAAUAAAUAAACCACCCAAAUACUUUGAACGAAACCAACAACAAUAUAAAGGAGAGACAAACACAGCUUCGUGAUCGUGCAUGCCAAAUUCUUGGAUUCACAAAAACCAUCAAAAGCUCCUUCGUUUCUUCAUCUACACGGAUUCAUCAUUCACCAAGAACAACUAGAAACACAGAGAUGGAUUUUGAGCUGCGAAGAGCCAGAGAGAAGCUCGAGAAAGAGCAGAAGGAGAGGAAAGAGAGAGCCAGGUUGAAGCUUCUCAGGGAAAAGAAAGCCAAAGAAGAAGCACACAAGCAGAGGGAAGCCAUCGAAGCCGCUCAGCGAUCUCGUCGUAUCGAUGCAGCUGAAGCUCAACUCAAGGCUGAUCAACAGAUGCAAGAAAGCCUUAUUGCUGGGAGGGGAAUUGUGUUUUACCGUUUGCUGGAAGCUGUGCCUUGUCAAGGUAAUGGAGAUAAGAUAAAACUGCCUCCAUCUUGCUUCACAGAAUUGUCUGAUCAGGGUGCUCUGGACAAGGGGCCCAUGUACUUCCAGUUGUCAUUAGUUCACACUGAAGGCUCUUCAAGCAUUGAAGAUAUCGAUAAAGAGAAGCAAGGGACAACCCAUUCCGGAGUUUUGGAAUUCACUGCAGAAGAAGGUUCAGUGGGUCUUCCUCCUCAUGUAUGGAGUAAUUUGUUUUCUGAAGGCAUGGUAAAAUCUCCAUUAGUUGAAGUCCGCUAUGUUUGGCUUCCGAAAGGGACUUAUGCGAAACUUCAACCUGAAAGAGUUGGAUUUUCAGAUUUGCCAAAUCAUAAGGCUAUCCUUGAAACAAGUCUUCGGCAGCAUGCAACCCUUUCCCAAGGCGACAUUUUAACCGUAAACUAUGGAGAACUUGUAUACAAAUUAAGGGUGCUUGAAUUGAAACCUUCCAAAAGUGUAUCUGUUUUAGAAACAGAUAUUGAAGUGGACAUAGUUGAUCCUUUUACAACCUCAGACAACAUAGAUCAGCAUGUUCUACUGCCACUUGUGAUUGGGUCAUCACAAAGUGGAACUGUAGAUGAAGGAAAGUUUGUCUAUUACAAAUUCUCAAUCGACAAUGGCACAUGGGAGAAAAUCUCUAGUGGGAGUUCUAGUGUAGAGAUAAAAUUGGAAUCAGAAAUAGAUGGAGGAGAUACUGAUCUAUUCAUUUCUAUCAACAUGAGUGGUCUUCCCAUGAUAUUGGUUCCAAAACGUUGAUUCUUACUUCUAAAGAUAAAAAGUUAGGAGCAGGGAGUUACAGCAUAGGUAUUUAUGGCUUUAAGGGGAUGACUAAGUAUAAUAUAUCAGUCACAAUUCAGGACGACUUCAAUCAAAAAGUGGGUCAGCAAGCAUCAUCAUCUUCCAUGUCAUCUGCUGGGACGGAUACCGAACAAUGUAGGAAUUGCAAACAUUAUAUACCUUCUAGAACUAUCGCGCUGCAUGAAGCAUACUGUAGCAGGCACAAUGUUGUCUGUCAGCAUGCAGGCUGUGGAGUUGUUCUUAGAAUGGAAGAGUCCAAGAACCAUAUUCACUGUGAUAGGUGUGGUCAAGCUUUCCAGCAGGUAGAAUUGGAAAAACACAUGAAAGUUUUUCAUGAGCCACUUCACUGCCCUUGUGGAAUAAUCCUUGAGAAACAGCAAAUGGUUGAGCACCAAGCUUCAGUUUGCCCCUUGCGGUUAAUUUCAUGUCGGUUUUGUGGUGAUAUGGUACAAGCUGGAAAUUCUGCCAUUGAUGCGCGUGAUAGAUUAAGAGGAUUGUCUGAGCAUGAGAGCGUUUGUGGGUCGAGGACAGCCCCCUGCGACUCGUGUGGGCGUGCAGUGAUGCUGAAGGACAUGGACAUACACCAAAUUGCUGUUCAUCAAAAAGGCUAAUUCAUUCUUAUGUUGUUCAGAGUCCCUGCUGCUGCAUUUGAACUUGGGAGGGAUAUCAUUUGAGUGGCAAAAUAGAAAUGGAAAGAAACAGUAACUCAGAUUGUGACUCACAAACUUUCUAGUUUGCUAUGGGUUGCCAUAAUCUUUGGUCUCUGGAUAUAUAAAAUUGUUUGCACUCAAUUGUACGGAAUGAUGAUUUGAGCUAUAUCUAUGGUUAUGGAGAAUGUCUUCCAAAUUCUUUUACAAGACACUUUUACAGAACCUCAUGCGUAGUGCAAUUAUUUUUCAUGUGCAAAUUCUUGAUAGAAUGCAUCAUAUAUAUUG